GCUCUUAGCGUGGGCGCAUUCAAGCAAAUGUUGAUUAAAAUACAGAAGAAGUGACCUGCUUCUGAGUUUGAAUUGCACAUCUGCCGCAGCCAACCCUUGAUUUUCUAUUUGCAGGUUGCUGAAGGCAGUCUAUAAUAAGAAUUGAGAAAUACAAUUAGCUCAUAUCAAAGCGAUUCCAAUGAAUUGAAUUAUAACACAGGGAAUGCAAGGCCCCUGGAAUCUCUCGAUUUUGAUUCUACGUCGCUGUUGAAUAAACAUAUCAAUCAGAUCAGCAGAUCUAAUCGAAUUACAACGACUCUGAUCUGAUCGCGCUAAUUUGAAACCCUAGGAAGAAUAUUUGUUAUAUUAUACUAUGGCUGGCGCGGCCUCGGCGCUGUUUUUUCUCGAUAUCAAAGGCCGUGUUCUGGUCUGGCGCGACUACCGAGGCGAUGUAACCGCUGCUCAAGCUGAGAAAUGCUUCACCAAACUCAUCGAUAAAGAGGGAGAUGCAGAUACGCAGAAUCCGGUUGUGUAUGAUAAUGGCGUCACAUAUAUGUUUAUACAACACAAUAAUUUGUAUUUAAUGACCGCAUCCAGGCAGAAUUGUAAUGCUGCCAGUCUCCUCUUAUUUCUGCAUCGCGUAGUUGACGUCUUUAAGCAUUACUUCGAGGAGCUAGAAGAGGAAUCACUUAGAGAUAAUUUUGUAGUAGUGUAUGAGUUACUUGAUGAAAUGAUGGAUUUUGGUUAUCCCCAAUAUACUGAAGCAAAGAUUCUUAGUGAGUUUAUCAAAACCGAUGCUUAUAAAAUGGAAGUUUCGCAGAGGCCUCCCAUGGCUGUGACAAACGCAGUGUCUUGGCGAAGUGAAGGAAUUCGUUACAAGAAAAAUGAAGUGUUUUUAGAUGUUGUUGAGAGUGUUAAUAUACUCGUGAACAGCAAUGGGCAGAUAAUUAGGUCUGAAGUAAUUGGUGCAUUAAAGAUGCGGACGUAUUUGAGUGGUAUGCCUGAGUGCAAACUUGGGCUAAAUGAUAGAGUUUUGCUGGAAGCACAAGGACGGGCAACUAAGGGAAAGGCCAUUGACUUGGACGACAUCAAAUUCCAUCAGUGUGUGCGUCUUACUCGAUUUGAAAACGACCGGACAAUAUCCUUCAUACCUCCUGAUGGAACUUUUGAUCUCAUGACAUACAGACUCAGCACCCAGGUAAAGCCUCUCAUAUGGGUGGAAGCUCAAGUGGAAAGGCAUUCUAGGAGUCGUAUGGAAAUCAUGGUCAAAGCGAGGAGCCAGUUCAAAGAACGAAGCACUGCAACAAAUGUCGAAAUCGAGUUGCCUGUUCCCUCUGAUGCCAUAAAUCCAAAUCUGCGGACAUCAAUGGGAUCUGCUUCGUAUGCACCUGAAAAUGAUGCAGUGCUUUGGAAAAUCAAAUCAUUUCCGGGUGGAAAGGAGUAUAUGUUGAGAGCGGAGUUUAAUCUUCCCAGUAUUACAGAUGAAGAAGCAGCUCCUGAUAGAAAGGCUCCAAUACGAGUGAAAUUUGAGAUACCAUAUUUUACUGUUUCAGGAAUACAGGUCCGAUAUCUGAAGAUCAUUGAGAAGAGUGGGUAUCAGGCUCUACCUUGGGUGAGAUACAUAACUAUGGCCGGUGAAUAUGAAUUAAGACUCAUGUAAAAGCCACUUGUCCAGCAUUGUUUCAAGUCCUGCAGUAUGACCGCGGUAUCGCUAGUGUUCAGCACAGGCUUUUAAUCAUCAGGAAGCGAGAGGAGUUACUUGUCAUAACCAGAAUUGGUGAUUUUUCAGUAAAAAGUUUACUCACGGGCAGCACAUGUUAUGUGUAUUGUUGUCUUUAAUAGACUACAGGUUUUACUUUCUUGUAUAAUCAAUCAAAAUUUGAUCUUGCACAUUCUUUAUAAAAGAAAUCCAUUUUUGUUGUUUCUUGUCUA